AUCAGAACGGUUUGUGAAUUUCAUGAUUUAUCUGAAAAUUGCCAUCAGAGGGAGAAUGUUAUCAGUCUAUCUAAAUACAAUGGAAACUUCUUUAACAGUUCAAAUAAAAACCUUGAGAAAUAUAAUGAGCAUUUACAAAUAAAUGCCAGACACGACUCUGUAGAUGAGGAGAUUUUGUUGGAAUUCAAGAGAUCAGUUAGUUCAAGUUAUAUUUUAGAAAGUAAAUCAAAUUUCUCGUCAUUAGUUGAAGAUGAACUGAAAAAACCUUUAAAUAAAAAUGUACAAACUUUAAUAUCUGAAGCUUCCUGUGCUCCUGUUAGUGCAACAGAUAAUGGAAAAUAUGAUGGAAAUACAAGUGAUAAAAGUGAUUUUGAGAAAAAAUGUAAAUCAUUUACAAAUAGUAGUGACAGUUUUGAUGAAUUGUCUGAUGACCAAGCACCAUGUUCUGAUUGUGAUUCAGAAAUAGAAGUUCUAGAGUUCACAGGAUUUACUGCAAAAGAUAUUCAUUUGGCCAUUCAGAGCAUAGAGCAGAGGAAGAAUAUUGUUGGAUCAUCGGGUGUCACUACACUUUGAAUCCAUCGAAUGUGUUUAUGUAAUUUGACAGAUUGUUUUCAUGUUCUUACUAAAGAAAAGUAAGAUGUUAAAUAUUCUAUUGUAACAAGUGCGUAACCACACAACCUAAAUAAUUCAGGUUUGAUUAUCAUGCAGUUGUUUACAACUAAAGUGUCUGUGAUGUUAGUUUAGACUAAACCCACUGAAUUUACAACCCCACAUUUGAAAGAAGUAUGGUAACUUCUUUUUUAUCGACUGCCUUAGUAACUUUACCAUACUUCUCAGUGGAAUAUGUAUAGUCAAGUAGUCUUCAAAAAUAUAGAAUGUAUAAGAUAAUUUCUAUAAUCAGAUUGGCUGAACUGAUUUUGGCAUCAUAGUUUUAUUGUUAUAAAAAUAAUUAUAUUUAUUUUAUUAAGCAAGAUAAUAUUAUUAAUUAUGUG